AUGCACCGUUUGGGUCAGCCUGACAAUCUUAAUUCACCAUCUCAGGGGCAAAGCGUUGAGGCUCAAGUCAACCUCACAGCUAUCAAUUCUUCAAGACAACUAGAGAUACCUGAGACCCCUGAUAUCGCUACUCGCCACAGCAUACCACUCACAACGAGUAGCACGGAUUUGGCCAAGUUCGAUUUUUCAACGGCUGUAACUACUCGAGCAGAUGAGAUCAAAACCUCCUCUUGGUUUUAUUCACAUCGGCCGACGCUCGAGUCGAAGAUAGAGAAAAUCAAUGAUCAUGCAACGCCUUAUACGCUUCCUGCAUCAUCCGACAACCUAGAGCCGAGUAACUCCACGGAGUCAAUCUCUGCUUCUAACGAUGUAGAAAGAGGAACCGUACUUCAAGCCAUCGCAACACACGGAACAAACAUCAUCUACAAUACCUCCUUCCAGUCACCGCGCAACGGGCAGCAGUGCGAAAAUGAUUAUCGAGAGUUACCUGGCGCAUCAGAGACAACGCAAAUGGGUGAUCCACCAGCAAUUGUACCACCUGUUUCCCACGUGGUACAUGAGGCUCAGACCCACGUUUCUCGACAACCCCCUUCUACUGGUGACGCAGUCUUGUGUGAAUUGCUUUCUGUGCAGCGGGAGUCGGGAAACGUGAAUCUAGAGGGCUCUCCUAAUGGUAUAAGCCCAUCCAUGUCUCCCCAAAUUUCCUUCUGUUCGGAUCUGGAUGACACAUAUUCACCCGUGUGUCAGAAGCGCCAUACAAAUCAAGAGCUAGCUAGGAUAGCCCUGGUUUGUGCAGAUGGAGCAAGUAUGACGGCCUCGGAGAUUGUUGAUUGGCUAGUCCAAAAGUUCCAUUACCUUCAAAAGGGGCAGGCUACGUGGGAAAAAAGUCUCAAGGCGGUUCUUUCACGCAAAGAGUUUCGUAGCGACAAGGCGAGUGGGUUGCAUGGGGCCCGUCUGGCGUAUAGCUUUGCCAACGCAGCUUGUAAAGCUCGAUACGAAGAGGAAUAUCGAGACUAUAUCAUUCAAUACUCGCAAGAACAUGAUCAAAAACAUACUGCCGGGCCUGUUGACGUGGUCAAAAAUAACCAGGGAAAUGUAUCCAACAGUGCAGCAUGUCCUCGGUCUUCUGCAAUCACAUCGACAAUACCGGAUUCCAGCUUCAUUCCAUCACCAGCUACCACCGCUUCCAACGGUGACUUACCGCCCGGCCUUUUCAAGUUAUCCGACUCAUCCAAUCUAAAUGAUAUUGCUGAGUAUGCUUCUGGAAUCAAGCGCGAGACAAGUUUUCAUCACGUCUACCCUCGUAACACUCAGCCUCCAAUCGAGAUGAUGACUGCUGAGGAAAAGACCAUGAAAGUGGCAGAGAUCCAGGCAAGACCUUCUCGCAAGGCGUUGUUCGAUUCAAACCAACGCCUAGCGCACGUUCGAAGGUACAGGCGGCUGGACAUUCAUGAUGAAAGCGAUGGAGCAUGGAAGACUCAAUCUUCGGAAGCAGAGGGGUACCCCGCAAAAAAUGAAGCCGUCACAAGGGACCGUGAUGAACCCCGGUCGCUACGUGAAGUCUUCAAUCUCCCGGUCCAUGCGGUGCCAAUGAACGAUGGGGUCGAGUUGGCUUUCCGGGAUGGAACUUUAGUCAACGGUCAACUGCCACGACCACGCCAUGUAUACAGGGUGGGGAAGAGACUUGGAGCCGGACUUACCGUCAAUUGA